GCGGGUAACGGCGACUCGCCGUCGAGAUCCCGGAUCGGGACGCCGCAGACGUCAUACGCCAAUCCGACAUCGACGAACGAUCGUUCCGCCUACGGGUCGAUCUCGAAGCGGAACGGGUUGAUCUCGUUGAUAACGCGAGCGUGCACCCCCGCACGGGUCGACCUCCCUCGCGGUACCAAGACACCUCUGUGACACCUCUCUCACCUCGCGUCCAUUCAGCGUCGCGUAAUCGCGCCGGUCCCGAGCGGCGUGUCGUGACUUUGGGCUUCUUCGGAAUCGCCGAGAAAUGCCUUCCGCGUCGCACUCAUCGAUACCAGUGGUGGUCGUUGGAUUGGCGAAUUAGACUGUAGAUCAAAUCGGAUCGAACGGUCGGAGAAUUUAGUGAUAGAUUAAAGAGGGUGGAAAAGUCAGUAAUCGCGAGAGAAGUGACCUACGACGUGCCGCAGUGUGGAUAUACUGGAAUCUUGAAUUAUCCUAGCGUGUUUGACAUCGGCCUGAUAACGAAUGAUCGAGAAAGCACGAUGAAUGGUGCAGCGACAGUCACGGCCACCGAAGAUCAUCAACAUCAACAUCAACAAGCUCAGAAUGAAACAACCUCGGAACAUCCACGAAGUCCCGCUAGUCCAUUGAGCGUUAGACACGACUCCGGCGAGAGCAGCGUUAUCUCCCCGGGUCUGCCGGAACGUUACAGUCCUCUGGGGGCGACGGGAUCCACGUCCAGCCACGAUCCCUACGCCUCCCGAUCGGUCCAGGAAUGCCCGGUGCCCCUUUGCAGAGGAAUGCCGACGGAUUUCCCCCUGGCUCGGUCACCAUAUUUGACCGCGCUCGGAAACGGACACCCGCAUUUGUUGGGUCAGGUGCAGCAUCAGCAGCAGCAACAACAGCAACAGCAGCAACCGCAGCAGCCGCAGCACGGCAGCAAACCGCCGCGUAGUCUUGGACUGAUAUGCGUGGUCUGUGGCGAUACCAGCUCCGGCAAACAUUACGGGAUACUCGCCUGCAACGGUUGCAGCGGCUUUUUCAAAAGGAGCGUCAGACGGAAGCUGAUAUAUAGAUGUCAGGCUGGUACUGGAAGAUGUGUCGUAGACAAGGCGCAUCGAAAUCAAUGUCAGGCAUGCCGUCUGAAGAAAUGUAUGCAAAUGGGAAUGAACAAAGAUGCUGUUCAGAACGAACGUCAGCCAAGGAACACUGCCACUAUCAGACCGGAAGCACUCGUUGAGAUGGACCAGGAACGAGCGCUGCGCGAAGCCGCCGUCGCCGUAGGCGUCUUUGGACCACCAGUAUCCUUAGCCAUGGCGAGAUACACUACGCCACUACCUCUGCCUACAGUCGCACCGACGACCAAUUCCACAAACAACGCGGCAACACCACCACGGCAAGACAACGAGGAUGGAAAUGCAUCCGAGGAUAGCAUAGACGUAACGAACGAAGAACCAUUGACACCUCAACGAAGCGGAUGCACGCAGCUUCCACCUGUACUGCCGUCGUUAUAUUCACCAGCGAGCGCCGAAACGGUUUACGAAACCAGCGCGAGGCUGCUCUUCAUGGCAGUUAAAUGGGCGAAGAAUCUUCCCUCCUUUGCUGGCUUGCCGUUCAGAGAUCAGGUGAUAUUACUGGAAGAAGUCUGGUCGGAAUUGUUCUUACUAAACGCGGUUCAAUGGUGUCUGCCGCUCGAAUCUUCGCCUCUCUUCAGCGCCGCUGAGCUGACCGCUCUGACCCUCUCGCCACAUCCGCAUCCGCAUUCGGGGUUGCAUCUGCAAACCACGACGGGGAAGCCCAGCCAAGUAGCGGCGGAUGUCAGACACUUACACGAUACCUUGCAGAGAUACAAGGCGAUCAUGGUCGAUCCUGCAGAAUUCGCCUGUAUGAAGGCCAUCGUUCUCUUUCGUCCAGAAACCCGCGGUUUAAAGGACUCGAGCCAGAUCGAAAAUCUGCAGGAUCAGGCGCAGCUGAUGCUCGGACAUCACGCGCGCGCCCAACAGCCGAACAGUCCAGCCCGCUUCGGCAGAUUGCUGUUGCUGCUGCCGUUGCUGCGAACGGUUCCAGCCGCGAGAGUGGAACUGAUCUACUUCCACAGGACCAUCGGCAACACGCCGAUGGAGAAGGUCCUUUGCGACAUGUACAAAAAUUAAAAUCAUCUCUCGGUGGUACCAAGAGGAGAUUUUCCUUUGCUAUGAACGCCACGACAAAAAAAAAAAAAAAAAAA